GGAAAGUAACGCGAGCGCUCGCGCCGCGAUGACGACGGAGCCCCGCAGGAACAGAAGGGCCCGUCAUGACGCCCGUCCGCCAAAAGUGACACCGCGCACGUUCUUGCUCGCUUGUCACGCGAUGUGACCGCGGCCUCGGGUCGGAAGUGACUCGGGUGUUGCUAGCUCGUUAGCUUAGCGGUUAGCUUAGCCUUCCUCCGUCCUGCUGCCAGCUCCAGCUGAUCAGCUGCAGCGUCGCACGGGGCCCGGGGAGGAGAUGACGAUGCGGCCUUAGAUGUCCGAUCGGCGUCGGCUGUUUUCGGUCAUCAAAAUGCAGGUGUCCUGUUGAUGGCUCUCUGCUGAUCUUUUAAUCUGAAGACAUGGCGUCGCAGCCGGAGGUGUUCUCCUCUCCCUCCGUGUCCUCCAGUGCCUACUCUCGCUCCAAGAGGCUCAAAGUCGAGAGCGCGUCCUGGGACGUGUCCGUACAGCUGGGAGACGAUGCUUACUACCAGCACAGCCCCACCCAGGGAGCCGCGCCCUCCACCUCCGGCUCCAACUUCAACCCGGUGUACAACCCCACCCAGGUGCACCCGCCGACGGCCGGCUCCAGGGAGCAGACGGUGGUGCGGGCGGCAGACAGCACAGGCAGCGUCCGCGGACCUCCCUCUUCCUCCUCCUCCUCUUCCUCUUCCUCCUCCUCCUCAUCUUCCUCCUCCAGCCGUCGGGCCAAGGAUGCCGAGUCCUCCUCCCAGCCGUGCGACCCCUACCACAGGCAGCACAGCCUGAAGCGGAAGAGCGAGGAGGUGGACAGCAGCGACAGCGUCCAGAUCCUGGAGGAGCUCUCGGCCCCUGUGGUCUCCAACCGCGCCGCGGGCGGAGGGGCCGCCACCGCGGCUCAGUCCAUAGCGCAUUCCACCUCCACCGCCAAGAGCAGCAACUCCCACAGCGAGGGGGACUACCAGCUGGUCCAGCACGAGAUCCUGUGCUCAAUGUCCAACAGCUACGAGGUGCUCGAGUUCCUGGGACGCGGCACCUUCGGCCAGGUGGCAAAGUGCUGGAAGCGGGGAACGAACGAGAUCGUGGCGAUAAAGAUCUUGAAGAACCAUCCCUCUUAUGCUCGGCAAGGCCAAAUAGAAGUGAGUAUCCUCAGCAGGCUGAGCACAGAGAACGCAGAUGAGUUCAACUUUGUCCGCUCGUACGAGUGUUUCCAGCACAAGAACCACACGUGCCUCGUGUUUGAGAUGCUGGAGCAGAACCUUUACGACUUCCUGAAGCACAGCAAGUUCAGCCCGCUGCUGCUCAAGUGCAUACGGCCGAUCCUGCAACAGGUCGCCACGGCCCUGAUGAAGCUGAAGAGCCUGGGUUUGAUCCACGCCGACCUGAAGCCUGAAAACAUCAUGUUGGUCGACCCUUCGAGGCAGCCGUACAGGGUGAAGGUCAUCGACUUCGGCUCCGCCAGCCACGUGUCCAAAGCGGUUUGCUCCACCUACCUGCAGUCUCGAUACUACAGAGCCCCGGAGAUCAUUCUGGGACUCCCUUUCUGCGAGGCGAUCGACAUGUGGUCGCUGGGGUGCGUCAUCGCCGAGCUGUUCCUGGGAUGGCCCCUUUAUCCCGGCGCCUCAGAGUACGAUCAGAUCCGUUACAUUUCCCAGACCCAGGGCCUUCCUGCAGAGUACCUGCUGAGCGCCGGAACCAAGACCAGCCGCUUCUUCAACAGAGGCCCCGACUCCAGCUACCCGCUGUGGAGACUCAAAACACCUGCGGAGCACGAAGCCGAGAUGGGCAUCAAGUCAAAGGAGGCAAGGAAAUACAUCUUCAACUGUCUAGAUGAUAUGAUGCAGGUGAACAUGACAAACCUGGAGGGGACCGACGUCUUGGCAGAGAAGGCCGAUCGGCGGGAGUUCAUAGACCUGCUGAAGAAGAUGUUGACGCUGGACGCGGACAAACGGAUCACGCCCAUGAAGACGCUGAACCACCCCUUCGUUACCAUGACACACCUGCUUCACUUCCCUCACAGCUCCCAUGUGAAGUCCUGCUUCCAGAAUAUGGACAUAUGCAAGCGCAGAUGCAGCGCCUUUGAGAAUGGCAAAAAUCCUUUUGCCAGCAGCAACCCCCCGAGUGCAGGCACCAACCUCACGGUCACCUUCAGCAGCCAACUCAACCAGCACAAUCAGAUGGCCUCAGCGGGGGGCCAGUCUCUUUCCCUCAGCAGCAACGUCCCGCUGCUGAACUACCCGCCCGGCCUCUACCAGCAGGCCACCAUCAACAUCCCCGGCAUAACCCAGCAGGGCGUACCGCUGCAGAGCCGACCCACGCAGCUCUGCACGCAGGCCGAGCCCUUCCAGCAGACACUCAUCGUUUGUCCUCCCUCCAUCCAGGGUCUUCAGCCGUCCAAUAAGCCUUCUGGUUAUCCAGUGAGGAUGGACAACUCUGUACCCUUGGUUCCUCAGAACCAGUCGUCCCAGUCUCUGCACAUCCAGCCCGGCAUGCUGUCACAGCAGGGCUGGCCCGCAGGCACACAGCAGAUCCUCAUCCCUUCCGCGUGGCAGCAGGUGCCAAGCAUGGCCCUCCACAACCCCGGGCAGGCGGCGGUGCCCGAGUCCCCCAUGGGAGCCCAGAUGCCCGACGGUCAACCAGCCUCCGGCUGGAGGGGUCGUCAUGGAAACCAAUACGAGAGCCUCAGCCAGCAGGACGCCAGUGUGGGCCGUCCCGCCGUCUCCCAGGGGGCCGCUCACUCGAGGUCCCAACAGGGAAAGAGGUCAAAGGCCCGGCACGCAGACGGCAAAGCCGGGCCUGUGUCUUCGGCCACCACUGUGGUCCUCAACACUUCGGCUCUGGCUGGCGACCAGUCUCAGCCCAUCGUCAUCUCGGACACGCCCAGCCCUGCUGUCAGCAUCAUCACCAUCCACAGCGACUCAGAAGACGACGAUGACAGGAAGUUCCCCGCCGCCCACUCCGGGACGAGCCAGCGGGCCAACGUGAUCAGCUGCGUGACCGUGCACGACUCGGACUCCUCCAACAGCAGCCCGCCGAGCGCCAAGACGACCUCGCAGCCCGCCAAGUCUUUGGCCGUGAUCACGCCGUCAGUGAAGAACCAGCCGGCGGAGAGCACAAUCCACAAAGCCCCCGCAGGGCCAGAUCAAAGUACGAGUGGCUCCGGAAAAGCCAAGAAAGGCUUGACUCAGCCGUCCGGUCGGGCAGGAGAUCCCAACUCUGAUCGCCAUCCACGGGCCGCGUCCAGCAGGUCCCAGCCGCUCAACCUGAGUCAGGUGCAGCAGCCCGUGAUGUCGUCAUCCCUCGAUCAAACAGGAAGCGGUGGUUCCCUUCGGCGGCAGCCCACCUACCCCCCCGCCGCCCCGUCCUACCGGCUCCGGGAGAACGCCGUCUUCGGCCCGACCCCGAACCUGUACGCCUACCCGGCGUCUGCCGCCCUGGCGUCCGUGUCCCAAGCCGUGGACCAGAUGCAAGGGGGCUCCUCCGGCCACGGGAGGGCGAGCGGAGCGUACCCCUCCCUGGCGCUGCUCCAGAAGAGCGGCAGCCUGGCUCUGGGAGGCUCGGCUCCGGGACAGUACGGCAACCAGCCGCAGCCGCAGCCGCAGCCGGGAGGGCAGCCGUUCCACCACGCCGCCGCGUACCAGCGCAAAGUUAACCCGUACCCGUACCUGUAGAGACUGACGCGCUGCAGGUCAACCAAACGAAGACCGAGACUCGAGACGAGCACAAGCUCACCACGAGCCGCUGUGAUGCCACUUUGAACUGUUUUUUUUUUUUCAACAACUUUCUGAGAUUUGGCAUUAGGUUAUCAGUAUUUAUAUUUUAAAAUAUUGUUGCUUAAAAAAAAGCAUACCCAUUCCAACUUUGCUGUUUAUUUGUGUCGCAUACAGCCGGUUAAGAGCAACAAAGAGCAGUCUGUGGGUGUAGGAGCACAGGACAUUUUAAAAUGAGAACGAGGUUUUAAAGCGCUGACUUUCAGCUUUAAUUGAAGCGUUUUUGACCACAACACAAGUAGAAAUCUCCAAAAAAAAAUCUUUUUCAAACAUAAAGCUGCUACAGACUGCAAAGUUAUUAUUUUAUUUUAUUGGAUAAAAUGUUUUUGAGGAAAAACUGGAACUUGUCUGAUAUUGUUAUGUCAUAAUUAUGAUGAACUAAUUGUGUAAGUUACAUUUACAUUACACACAAUCUCUUUACUUAGGUCAAUUUCUAUUUUUAACUUUAAUGAGAUUUUUUUGAACGUGUGUGUAUUUUAUUGGUUUUCUUUAAAAAAGAAGAAGAAAAAAAGAGGAAGUAAGCAAUGCUGUAUUUUAAUAAUGUGUCACUGUUCCAUGUCGUUUCUGUUUUAGUGCUGGCCAUUGACCUAUAAUAUUUAUAUGUGAAUUGAUGAAAUACAUUCCAGCGCAGAGUAAGGUGGGAUUUGGAGGGGGUUCUUCUUAAAGUUUGCGUGUGUCUACGACAAAGACACAAAUGAUGUUGGGAAAAUGUAGAAGCUCUUGUCUCGUUAAGUGAUGUCUGUGAAGUAGAAGCGUGCACAUAAACACAUGGCCGGGUGUCGCAACAAUUCAUUCGUUUUGGAUAAUCAAAUGUGACAAAAGAAAGAGGUUUAUAAAUAUAAAUCAAUGUUCAAUGUGUACCUGCUUCUAUACAAAUCAUUGUUUAUGUGAAAUGGUGUUUUUUUUCCUACAAUCCUGCUGUGAUUCCACACAAUGAACCUUAAGGUGUAAUAAAAUCCUCUCAUCACAACA